CGUCAUACGUGCGUCCUCGGUUGCUGAGCAACCGAAGACUACAUGGAAACAGGGGCUACACAGAAGAGUGUCUGCUUCUGAGCCAAGAUGCCCCGCUCUGCAACCAACUCCCGAGCUGACAAGCGAGGACAUAGGUCUUCUGUCCAAUUGUACACACCUCCAACGCCGGACUCGGAAGAGGAAGAUAUUAUCCCUGGUCGCUUAACUCACUCCCAAUGGACGGACAUGUUGAUCCAGGAGGAUGCGGAUGAGGCAGUGGGGGAGAUCAUGGAAGAACUGUUGAGCAAGGUCAUGGAAGGCUGUUUCAAAGUGUACAUUAAAAGACAGCUAGCACCUUUCUCCGCAUCCUGGGCCAAGAGCUACUUCACACAGAUUCUAGAGCGGCAAAUCUUGUGCCCAGAUGAAGGAGAACUACCAGAGGAAGCAUCUAAAACAGAAGACUCAGAGCCUAUGCCAGCAACUUCAGAUGCCUGGAUUAACGGAUGUGUGCCUGUUGUAAAUGCUAACCCUCAACCUCACCCUGCAGAACAACAGGAGGCUGACAUUGACCAGGUCCCAGUACAAACAGAGCCAAGAGUCAACCAGCAAUCUAAUGUUAUGGCCCAAACAAACAGCUCUCCAACGCAAUCUGAAAAGGUAACAAGUCCCAGGAGAUCGGUCAGUUACGAGCGCUAUAAAGUGCUUAGUCCUCGCCCCCCACCAAAAAUUGAUCUAAAGAAAAAGCAGCAUGUUAAUUUACCUCCCAAGCUGAUUCCAGGCAAAUUUCUGCCUCCCCUGUCCUGUUCAGUAGAAAAAAAGCAUGUGGAUGCAAAGGGUAAGGAUCGGACACAUUCUGUUUCUAACCACACGACUGGAUCAUCAUAUCAGCAGAAGCACUACCAACAUAUACCAAGGCUUGAUCACUCCAGCCUGCCUCGACACAGCAUCUCUCCUCAGUAUGAGAUCGUGGAUAACAGCUACACAAAACCCAACACCAAGAAACCAAGUGGACUAUCCAAACUAGACCCAAGAUAUAGCAAGCAGCAAACUGAGAGGACAGUAACCUCACCGAAGCAACUAACCAGCUCCAAGGAUCAACCGACAAAGUUUCAGAGGAGAAAUGAGGCCGAUAUCUGGCUGAAGAAAUUGUCUCCCUCUAGACAUAGAAAGGAUGGGUUGGCGUUCUCUGGGCCUCUGAGGCUGGACACAAUGGUUUUGGCCAAGGGUGUUUCUGUCUUGGAUCCCCAGGCAGUUGAAAUGAACCCUCAUACUUGUAACCCUCCUACCCAGUCUGCCAAGCUGAGGCUGAUACGAAGUGAUGCAGCUGUGCCACUGUUUUCUGUUGAUCAGGUUACCGCAGGUCCACCACCUCAGGUCACCCCAUUGUUUCAGUCCAAGAACUGUGACAACUGAUUAUAAAAUGUUGUGAUAAUACACUUGUAUUUAGAGCAAAAUUAGCAAUACAUUAUCAGAAUAAAAAAGAUUCUUCUAAUACAAGAGCACAUCAUAUAAUGUACGCUGUAGGCUAAAAAAAAAUUUGGGGAAAAAAUUCGGACUCAAUCCAUCUUUCCCUCCAUGUAUUUGUUAGCAACUCUGCAUUGGCAAUACAGUAGUGAGAUACACUGUGCACAUAUAAAAAUAGUACCUGAUAAACUGAAUACAAUAUAUGCAUUGUCAUUCCUUUGAUAUUAAUAUACAAUUACAGUAUAUAUAUAUAUAAAAAAAAAAAGCUAUGUGUUCUAGCAAUGCCUCCCACAACAUAUAGCAAAGAUAGAGUUAGAAGUACCUCAUAUAAAAACUAGAAAGGAAAUUUGAUUACAGGGGCUCUCAUGAGGGUUUUUUUCAAGUCUAUGUCCAUAUGUUUUUCAUGUGCAAAGCUCAACACCUACUGUGAGACUAAAAUGUGUUUCCAUCACUCUUGAACAUUACCUGAAACUCAAAACAAUAAAUGAAUUAUCCAAGUCA